AUGUCGCAUUUGGUGAAUAAAGUCAAGAACUUCGUAUCUGAUAAAUUCCACGGCGUGGCCAAGCCUGAAGCGAGUGUCGCCGACAUGGAAUUUAAGCGCGCAACCAUGAAUAGCGUCGAGUACUUGGCCAAAGUCUCUGUUCAUAAUCCUUAUUCACAUUCUCUCCCUAUUUGUGAGGUCAACUACUCUUUCAAAAGUGCCACUAGGGAGAUCGUAUCAGGGACAAUACUAGAUCCAGGGUCGUUGAAGGCAAAGGACACAACAAUGGUGGAUGUACUUGUGAAGGUGCCAUAUAACAUAUUGAUAAGCUUGGCAAAGGAUAUUGGAGCUGAUUGGGAUAUUGACUAUCAAUUGGAUUUGGGUCUCGUUAUUGAUCUUCCUGUUGUUGGUAACUUCACCAUUCCUCUUUCUCGUAAGGGAGAGGUUAAGCUUCCAAAACCUUUCUAA